AUGGAGCUGGUCGCUGGACACGGGCUGAACACGUUGGCACGAAGCACGACAGAGGAACAGUGUGUUGAGCCAGUCCCGAAAUCGCGGGGCCUUGUUUUCUCGUCCGUUGGCAAUCAAUGCCUUCCAGUGGUGCGGAGCUGGCUACAAACGCGAGAUGCUGACUUUGAUUUGGCACUAGUGUUCUACAAGGAGCCAGACUCGCCAGUGCUUCACGAACUGAACAUGCUGAGUCAAGAAAUAACAGGCAUGGAAGUGCUUCAGCAUGAAGGGAUGAAAUGGCCCAACUUCCGGUAUUGGCUGGAACUGCAGGGUGGGGCGGAGAAGGUUGCUGCAAGAUAUGACUACAUUUGGGUCGUGGAUGAUGAUGUACGGCUCCCCACCACAGAGAUUUCCCGCAUGUUCCAGAUUUUACGAGAACACAGCCAAAUAGCCUUCGCUUGCCCAUCCUUUGACAAGGGGAGCGAUGGUGUUUGGCGCUUCUUUGAUGGGCAUGAUCCCCGUUGGAAGCUGCGAUACACGAAUUUCGUGGAAUGUACUGCCCCAGUGCUCAAGAGCUCAAUGCUGCUGGAUGCGCGAUUCCAGCCGUGCCUGCGGGCUGUGCGAACAGGUUGCUUUAUUGAUUUCUGCUUCCAUCCUGCUGCUGGUGGAGGAAGGGAUGUGGUUGCUGUCAUCGAUGCAGUCCAAUGCCACCAUCCUCCUCGCACAGCAGACUAUCCCAGUGAGAUGCGGCAAGUGCAGGCUUGGCAGGAGCACAAGCAUGAUGAUGUCCUGUUUGAAAAGGAGGGUGUGCCAAAAGAUUGGUGGGCCAUCGAGCCCCGCUUUUUCCAGCCCAAGGUCCUUGGCGCAGUGCCCAUCGGAAGUUGA